AUGUUGCUGAGGGUGGAGGGAGGCCAGGUUCCUGAGUUUGGGGCUGGAAGCCAGGUGGAGCUGGAAACCAGCAUCUCAGAAAGCAGCUGGGGCUGGGUUUGGGUGGGAAGGGGACCUGGAUUAGGUGGGAGCAGGUCUCUCACUGGCCUUUUCCUACAGGUGGCUGCAUUCUUGGCAAUGGUCAUGGGAACCCACACUCUUGGUUCCCAUGAAGGAUUCCAGAAGGACUGCAGCCAUCGGCCCAGCUGCUGCCCCAGGAAAGGGCAGGACUCCACUGAGGAAUGGCUGAAGUGGAGCACUGUGCUCAUGACUCCCCCAGAACCAGCUAGCCUCGCCUCCCACCCAGAAUCCUGCAGGUCCAGCGAAGAUGGACCCCUCAACAGCAGAGCCAUCUCCCCCUGGAGAUAUGAGUUGGACAGGGACUUGAACCGGUUCCCCCAGGACCUGUACCACGCCCGUUGCCUGUGCCCACACUGCGUCAGCCUCCAGACGGGCUCCCACAUGGAUCCCCUGGGCAACUCGGAGCUGCUGUACCACAACCAGACCGUCUUCUACCGGCGGCCGUGCCGCAGGGCGCAGGAGGCCCACAGCGGCUACUGCCUGGAGCGCAGGCUCUACCGCGUCUCCUUGGCUUGUGUGUGUGUGCGGCCUCGUGUGAUGGCCUAG